GGUUCCAUUUAUGGUCAACAGUAGUAAAGAAAAAGCAGAGAAGAUGGGUUCUUGCAAAUGAUCAACAUUCUGCCACUCAUUUUUUGACCCCAUUAUUCUUCUUUGUUGAUAUGCCUCUCUCUUGUUCUUAUCAAACUCAGAUUUCAUUUCACCAUAGCAUUCUUUCUAUCAUAGCCCUUGCCUCUUGCUAUAGAUUUCAAAUAAUCAGAGUGUUACAGUGCACAGAGAUUUAGAGCAAACUGAAACAAUGACGAAUCCUUCAGUCUUGUCUAACAUCUGAGCUUGGCCUUUGCGCCCAAAAUAUUGAACAACAUCACUGCAAACAUGGCUCAUCAACAGGAUAUUGAGGGGUGGCCAUUGGGGUUAUUGCAACCACUGAAUAAUGCAAGGGUUACUGAGUUGGCCAGAAGUGGUAACAUGAGUGCUGUUUCUAGGCUGAAUAGAGGUCUUGCUGCAAAUGAGGAUGAUCUGAGAAAGGCGGAUGCUGUGGCUAAGGAACUCAAAGCUGUCGGAGGACUAGUUGAUCUCUCGGCUGACCUCGAUAAAUUGCAAGGAAGAUGGAGACUGAUAUAUAGCAGUGCAUUCUCAUCUCGUACUCUAGGCGGUAGCCAGUCUGGACCUCCCACCGGAAGACUCCUUCCUAUAACUCUUGGACAGGCCUGUAAGAUUGUGGAGGGGCAAAGGUAUACAAAAAGAUUGAAUGAGAAGCAAAUUACUGCACUGCUCAAAGUUACUUGCCAGAGACCCCGCGAUCGCAAAAACGACAUCUUACGGACAGUGCAACAUAAUUCUUAUAAUAAAGAUCCUUAUGCAAAGGAAUUUGGUCUUAAAAUCAGUGAAAAGCUAGCUUCUGUUGAAGCACGAAUUCUUCCAGCCCCUUGGCUUAAAUACCAUGAAAGUGGGAAAGAAAAGAACUGUUUACCCCAAGUUGGUCAGUGGAACAUGAUGAACAAGGCAUAUGAAUCUUUAAUAAAAGCUUUCUCUGAAGUCUGAACAUAACAAGUUUGGCAAUCUUCCAUAUGGAUUCCAAGCAAAUACCUGGCUUGUCCCUCCAUUUAUUGCCGAGUCACCUUCAAACUUUCCUGCCCUUCCUGCUCAGGAUGAAAGCUGGGGUUGUAAUGGUGGUGGCCAAGAUAGAAAUGGUGAAUAUGAGCUUAGACAAUGGGCUUCAGAUUUUGCAGUAUUGGCUUCUCUUCCAUGCAAAACUGAAGAGGAGCGAGUGGUCCGAGAUAGAAAAGCUUUCCUGAAAGCUGGGGUGGUAAUGGUGGUGGCCAAGGUAGAAAUGGUGAAUAUGAGCUUAGACAAUGGGCUUUAGAUUUUGUAGUAUUGGCUUCUCUUUCCUGCAAAACUGAAGAGGAGAGAGUGGUCAGAGAUAGAAAAGCUUUCCUACUGCACAGUCGAUUUGUUGAUAUCUUGAUAUUCAUGGCCAUCAAGGCAAUUAAGCAUGUCAUGAAAUCCAAUAUAAAGAAUGAAUCAAAUUCUCCAAGUUCAAUUCUGCAUGAAGAGCGCAUAGGAGACUUGUCAGGUGUUGUCAAAUGCGAUAUUCGCAAUGGAAAUAGGGUUUAAGUGUUAUA